CAUUUUAGAAUUUUCAGUCCCGUAAAAGAAUGCUUCAAAGAAUGCUUCAAAUAAUAAAACUCUUAUGCGACCUGAUGUGUUGGUAAUGGAGCGAAUGGAGCUCCGUCGAAGAGAAAGUUCAUUGAAAAGCAAUUCAGGUUGUAUAGAUACAAAACAUACAUAAAAGAAGGGCAAAUUGAGAUGAACCCUUUUAAUAAGAAAGUUACCAGCUUCACACAAGGCCAAGAUUUUGUAACUUAUCAUCUGGGUCAGCCUCAGAUUGCUCUGUAAGUCACUCAACAUAUGGGUUUAGUAGUAAUCAUCAUUUAUCAUUUUUGAGUGGUAUGCUUAGACAUCAAUUUGGCUUCAGAUGGUUUUGUAAAUUAGUUGACGAUACCGGUAAUGAUAAAUUUUGGGAAUUUGAGGAAAUGGGUGAUGACGUUUUUGGUGAUAUAGAAAAUAAGGCUAAUGGUGUUAAGGGGGUUGAUUCACAAGUGAAUUAUGACCAUGUUUCUGAAAUAGUUGAGGUUAUUAGGAGUGGGGGUAGUGAUUUGGGUUUGCUGUUGGAUUCGAGAAGUAGCAACAUAUCUGUUAAAUUAGUUGCACAGAUAUUUCAGGUUUUGAAUAAUGAUAAAAUACCCGCAUUGCAUUUCUUACAAUGGCUUCAAGUUAGUUAUCCAGAGUUGUGUUACAGUUCUCGUGUUUGUAGUUCAAUGAUUUGUAACUGCGGUUGGUUGGAAGAUUACAAGACGAUGAUUCUUAUGCUUAGAGGAUUCAAGGCGAAACGUGUAUGCCUUGAUGAAACGGCAUUUGAGUUUCUACCGGUCUUAACGACGAGUCAGGCUUCUAUCAAGGAUUCUAUCAGAAAAGUAAUAGAUGCUUUAGUUGAAGUUGGAGGUUCAUGUUGUGGCUCUGGCAUUAGUUCGUUGAUUAAGAUGCUUUGUUCAUUGGGCUCAUUUAAUUUGGCAGAGUUUGUGAUAAAUAUAACAGGGAAGAAUGUCUCUUAUUACAAUAUUAUAAUUCGUGAAAAAUGUAGGAAAUGCCUUGUUGGAGAAAUGCAUGGUCUGCUUGAAGAGAUGAGAGAAUUUGGUUGUGAUCCAAAUAUCAGUACAUACAACUAUUUGCUUAGUCACUUGUGUGUAAGUGGUAGGAUGGCUGAAGCUUGCAGUUUGAUAAACUUAAUGCAGGAAAGUGGUACUACUCCGGAUGCAUUGUCGUUCGAUAUAUUAAUCCAGUACUCCUGUAAAACUGGCAAGUUAGGUAUUGCACAUCAGUUUUAUAAUCAAAUAUUACUUAGAGGUAUUAAACCUCGGAUUCAAACUCAUGUUGCCUUUGUGAAGAGCAACUUUAGUGCAGGAAAUUGUGACGAGGCACUCGAGUAUGUGCAUAAUUUGGAUAAUCAGCAUCUUCAGUCAAGUAACAUGCUUUACAGCUUGGUUGCAUACCUUCAUUUGAAGAAAGGUCAUCUUAUCGUUGCUCGAAGUAUUCUCAUUCAAAUGAUGGACAAGGGCCUGAAACCAAACUUUUUGGUUUUCAUUAAAGUUGUUAAGCGACUCCAAAAAUCUUGCAAGGGAGGCCUAGCUCGUGAUCUAAGAAACAGGUUUUCUAGAUUCAUUGUGUAAUAUUGUAAUGAUAGUAAAGACCCAAAUGCUGUUAUGAAAAUUAAGAUCUCUUACUGCCAUUGUCUGUCCAAUAUAUAUUCCAUACAACGUGCAACUCUCAAUUUUCUUCCAUGUUGUCUAAGUUUGAUUGAAUUUUAAACUUGGCCAUGAAAAAUGACCAUAUGAUCUUCACUUGGA